AUGGGUAUCAAAGGCAUUUACAAAGAGAUCGGCGUGGGCAAGCGGGUGUCACUAUGCAAGCUCGCGAUUGAUCACCUCGAGCAGACUGGGCGGCCACUGCGCAUCGCUAUCGACUUUGCGAUAUGGUCAUUCCAAGCCCAGGCCGCCCGGGGCGGCGCAAACCCGGCGAUACGCACCCUCUUCUACCGCCUGGUCCGCCUGCUGUCUCUGCCAAUUGUCCCCGUUCUUGUCUUUGACGGGCCCAACAAGCCCGUGUUCAAGCGCAACAAACGCUCUCGCGGUCCCGGUGACAGCGUGUCCGUCGCAAUGGCCAAGCGCCUGGUGAAGCUUUUCGGAUUCCACAUCCAUGAUGCCCCUGGCGAGGCCGAGGCCGAGUGCGCUCUUCUUCAACAGCAAGGGGUUGUGGAUGCGGUGUUGUCUGAGGAUGUCGAUACCAUCAUGUUCGGCUGCACAGUCACCCUGCGUAACUGGUCCUCGGAAGGCACGCGAACUGCAAAAACGCCCACGCACGUGUCUGUCUACGACGCUCGUGAGCUGGGGCAGGGUGAGACCGGGCUCGACAGGGAGGGAAUGGUGCUUGUUGCGUUGAUGAGUGGGGGCGAUUACCUCCCCGAGGGCGUGCCAGGCUGCGGUGUCAAGGUUGCGUGCGAGGCAGCCAAAGCUGGGUUCGGGAAGAGGCUGUGCCGGAUCAAGAGAUCUGACCAGGAGUCGCUGAGGAAGUGGAGAGAGGACUUGAUGAGGGAGCUUCGGACCAAUGAAAGCAAGUUCUUUCGCGUCAAACACAAGGCCAUGACGAUACCGGACGAAUUCCCAAGCAUGGAGGUAUUAAGGUAUUACACCCAUCCGGUGGUAUCACAGGCUGAGACGAUCGAAGGAUUGAAGAGGGAACUUCCAUCGAGGAGGGAGGUUGAUAUUGCUGGCCUGCGAGCCUUCACGGCUGAGACAUUUGACUGGGUCUGCAAGAUUGGCGCAGUCAAGUUUAUUCGAGUCCUGGCACCGGGCUUACUGAACCAAGCCUUGAUGGAUCUAAGCAACAAACAACUGGAAUCCGACGACCCGGACGUCCGCGAGUGCAUAGAGGCAAAGCUGGUCAGAUCGAUCAAUAUACGACGAACCCACUUCAGUACAGGUGGCACACCAGAGUUACGCAUUUCCUACAUUCCAAACGACGUCGUUGGUGUAGACCUGGAUGCCGAAGAGGACGAAGUUACAUCCACGUACGGGAGAUCUGGCCUGGCACUCAACAGCGACGACGAGGUUGACGAGCAGAUCGGGGAUGCGGAAGCAGGACCGAAGAAGGUUUUCGAUCCACUCCAGCCUGACCUCGUCUGGGUCCCAGAGACAGUGGCAAAACUAGGUGUGCCGCUUGCAGUGGAAGACUGGGAAGGAAAGCAAAGGGCGAAACAGAUGGCGAAAGGGACCAGGAAAGCACCAGCCAAGAAACCUCGGAAGAAGGCAUCGGACAUGCUAACGGGCGCUCUUGAUCAAUACGUCAAGAGCACGAAGCCCACAGCACAGUCACAGAAGCCUGAGUUAUCGGCGCCACUCUUGUCAUCCUCCCCUCCACCACGGUCGACACAGCCUCUCGUGCGUUCUACAAGCUCGAUUGCAACGACUGCGGAGCAAAGAGAGCCUAGACAAAGCCAAGCGUUGAAAGACAAGCGACACAAAUCCUCCAAAACCAACCAAACCAGAGAGAAGACGGCAGAGCCGUCAUUAGACACUAAUCCCUGGACAAUUGCAAGCUCAGAAGCAACACCGAAGGCCUCCAGAACAAGGAUGACAGUAUCAGAGCCCAUAAUCAUCUCAUCCAGCCCUGUUGAAACGAGACACUCGCCAAUAAUCACCUCUCCGGCAUCCCGAAAGACGGCCGACGAUCUCAUACCUCCACCAUACCCAAUGUCACCCAUCUCGAAUGACUCCCAGAAUGUCCACCCGCACGGUGACUUCUUCAUUGCCGGUCGCAGUCCUACGGCAGAUACUGGGACAGAGGAAACAAGCUUAGGCCCACGGAAGCAUAACUGCCCGUCCGACAACUCACCUAGAAACCCAGCUGCUAAGCGCACGCAGAGGAGCACGGGUGCAACAAAGACCAGAUCGGAGAAGCACUCAAGGCGACCAACCCGCCCAAGCCGGGCUCCUCCCACCGCGGCCCAGGCGUCGAUCAAGAACUUCGGCAGGCUGUCCGAGACUCUGGGCAAGAGCAACAUCAAGCACACGGCAAAGCCGCCGCCACCGCCCGAUUCGGACUCGGACGAAGAGUUCGAAGAGCUGCACGCCCUCUACUCGAAGAGGAAGUCAAUGGGAGCGGCCCACGAUGUCCCGGCGCCGUGCUCCCGGCGCUCGAGUCGUUCCAUCACGCCUGAUCUGAGAUCUCAGAGCAGAAAUCCACCGGCGCCGUCAAGAAGCGUCCAUGCCGCCAAUUCCGCUAUAUCAUUGUCGUCGUCGUCCCCGGCGAUGACCAGGGUCUACAUGCCCAGGACGAGCGACGCGGGGCUCGGGUACUUUACAGAGGUGAAGGUCACACGGGAGGAGGCCGACCGCAUGGUCCGCGAGGACUCGCUCGUCCCUCCCGACCGGCCCCGGGGGCCCGGUGGCCUCCGGGUGUGGAGGCAGAGCGAAAUCCCGAUCUUGGAUUUGACGGGGGAAGAUUAG